UGCCGUGUGAUCGUUGUGUGUCGCUUUUUGAUUUUGUUUUUUAUUUUAUUUUGGUGUGUAGUGAAUUAUGGCCGAGGUUGCAAAUAAUGUACCAAUUGAUGGUAAUCGACCUACUUCCGCUGAAGAUCAAGCGAUUGAGCUUGUCAAUCAAGCAAAUGACAGUGAUGCUAGUGAAGCAAGUGAUAUUCCACUUGAAAGAUUUUUCACACGUGCAGCAUUUUUACUGACACCAUCGCACGAAUUAAGCUUGGAUCGUGCAGCGGCAAUAUGUGAUCGUAUGCCAUUUAAAGGGAAAUUUAGUGUUGCAAAAACUGCAACCGGUAUCCUAUUUAAAUUCUCCAAUUCAGAAGAUUGUGCAGCAGUCUUACGUAAAGGCUUUCACCGUGUGACUGGUGCUCGAUUAUAUCGUAAAGUAUCAAUUCCAUGCCGACCACAACGUGUGUACGCAGCAGCCAUUUUGGAUACACCAAGCGAUUUACCGCUGGAGGAUAUAUGCCAUUGUUUGGAUCGUAUGCGUUUUGUAAGCGUAUUGGAAGUACGACGCCCAGCUGUGGGUAUCGACCAGGGACCGUCAGUUGGUAUGCAUAUUGUUAAUCCAGGCAGUGGGGUAUCGUCGACUGGACCACCAAUUCGAGUUACACUAGCAUCACAGGAUGAGUAUCAGAUGCUUAUACAACGGGGUUUGGAUUUUUACGGAGCGACAUGUUUUGCUGUUGAACCAGCGCCAGAAAUCAAACAGGAAAAGAAAAAGACAAGUAUUAGCCUUAAUAAAGCAGCAAGUGCCCGUCUAGCGAAAACAUUAUCAAAUCAUUAAACAAUUUUGAUUUUUUUUUUCAUAAAAAAACAUGUGUAUCCUUUGCCUUAAAUUAUAAAUGUUCCUAACACCCUUUAAUAUUUUUUUUUUGUAUU